GAUGUGGUUAUUUAAUUAUUUUUCUUUAUUAAUUUUAUUUAUUUUUAAUUGCUGGGGUGAUCAACAAUUACCUGAAAGUGUUACCCCUCCAAUACAAACCCCACCACAACAAGAAGAGAUUAUUAUGGCAAUUUUUGUUCCGGCAGGUAAAGUAGAAUGUAUUUAUCAGCCAAUUGUUAAUUUGAAAUAUAAUUCUUUUGAAGUCGAUUAUCAGGUUAUCGAAGGAGGCGAAAAUGAUAUUUCUUUUAUUCUUAAAUCACCUAGUGGGAUAAUUAUUGCUUCUGAACAACAAAAAACUGAUGGAUCACACAAAAUUAUUCUUGAUGAGCCAAAUCAUGGAAGAGGAGAUUAUGCUUUUUGUUUUGACAAUUCAUUUAGCUAUAGCAGCGAUAAAAGAGUGUUUUUUGAAAUAUUUUUGUUGGAUAAAGAUGGAAAUUAUUUGAGUGAUUAUGACAUGAAAUUGUCUGCUAAAGACAGUGGUUUAUUGGCCGAACAAUUUGAGACAUUCAGUAGAGUCACUAACAAAGUCAAAGGCAAUUUAAAUGAAAUUGAACGUAUGCAAUCACAAUUUCGUGCAGUAGAAGCUAGAGAUCGUUCUUCUAUUGAAGUUGCUUUUGAAAGAAUUAAUUUUUGGAGUGCAAUUAAUUUAUUUUGUCUUAUAUUUGCUAGUUGUGUUCAGGUUUAUAUGGUUCGUUCGUUAUUGGAAGAUUCUCGAAUGGGAAAUUUUAUAAGGCAUGGAAAGUUUAAGUAA